CACGUAGGUAUUGAAUCCGAGGGAGAGCGCCGCGGGCAGGAAAGGGCAGGUGGUGGGGUGUCCAGGUGGACAGCCCCAUCCGGUCUCCCGCCGCCAGGGCAGUGCCGCGGUCCUGGGGCGCCGGGAGGGGAGGCGGAGGGCAGUGGGAGCGCGAGGCUCGCGGGGCAUUAUGGGCAUUGUAGUUUAGCGGCUGCACAGGCUCUCGGCCUCGGCGGGGUGGCCUGGACCGGCGAACUACAACGCCCGGCGGCCCCGACCGCUGGCAGAGAACGAUAAACUUUGAGCGGACCGGGCGAGAAAAAAAAUCUGUCUUUGUGGUGCGGGGGCUCUUGGGUGGUCGCGGAACUGGGCUCCGCGCUGGGAAAGGGAAGUGGAGUUCUCUUCAAGAAGAUGAAUUUGGCUGAGAUUUGUGACAAUGCAAAGAAAGGAAGAGAAUUUGCACUUCUUGGAAACUAUGACUCAUCAAUGGUAUAUUACCAGGGGGUGAUACAGCAGAUUCAGAGACAUUGCCAAUCAGUCAGAGACCCGGCUGUCAAAGGCAAAUGGCAACAGGUUCGGCAGGAAUUACUGGAAGAAUAUGAACAAGUUAAAAGUAUUGUCAGCACUUUGGAAAGUUUUAAAAUUGACAAGCCCCCAGAUUUCCCUGUGUCCUGUCAAGAUGAGCCAUUUAGAGAUCCUGCUGUUUGGCCGCCCCCUGUACCUGCAGAACACAGAGCUCCACCUCAGAUAAGGCGUCCCAAUCGAGAAGUAAGACCUCUGAGAAAAGAAAUGCCCGGAGCGGGAGCCCGGGGACCUGUGGGCCGAGCACAUCCUAUAUCGAAGAGUGAAAAACCCUCCACCAGUAGAGACAAGGAUUAUAGAGCAAAAGGAAGAGAGGAUAAGGGAAGGAAGAAUAUGCAAGACGGUGCGAGCGAUGGUGAAAUUCCCAAAUUUGAUGGUGCAGGCUAUGAUAAGGAUCUGGUAGAAACUCUUGAGAGAGACAUCGUAUCCAGGAAUCCUAGCAUUCAUUGGGAUGACAUAGCAGAUUUGGAAGAAGCUAAGAAGUUGCUCAGGGAAGCUGUUGUUCUGCCAAUGUGGAUGCCUGACUUUUUCAAAGGGAUUAGAAGGCCGUGGAAGGGCGUAUUGAUGGUUGGACCCCCCGGCACUGGGAAGACUAUGCUAGCUAAAGCUGUUGCCACCGAAUGUGGCACAACAUUCUUCAAUGUUUCCUCUUCUACAUUGACAUCUAAAUAUAGAGGUGAAUCUGAGAAGUUAGUCCGUCUCUUGUUUGAAAUGGCUAGAUUUUAUGCACCCACCACAAUCUUCAUUGAUGAGAUAGAUUCCAUCUGCAGUCGAAGAGGAACCUCUGAUGAACACGAGGCAAGUCGCAGAGUCAAGUCUGAACUACUCAUUCAGAUGGAUGGAGUUGGAGGAGCUUUAGAGAAUGAUGAUCCCUCCAAAAUGGUUAUGGUAUUGGCUGCUACUAAUUUCCCAUGGGACAUUGAUGAAGCUUUGAGAAGGAGAUUAGAAAAAAGGAUAUAUAUACCUCUCCCAACAGCAAAAGGAAGAACUGAGCUUCUGAAGAUCAAUCUUCGUGAGGUUGAACUGGAUCCUGACAUUCAGCUGGAAGAUAUAGCAGAAAAGAUUGAGGGCUAUUCUGGUGCUGAUAUAACUAAUGUUUGCAGGGAUGCCUCUUUAAUGGCAAUGAGACGGCGAAUCAAUGGCUUAGGUCCAGAAGAGAUCCGUGCACUUUCUAAAGAGGAACUUCAGAUGCCUGUUACCAAAGGAGACUUUGAAUUGGCUCUUAAGAAAAUUGCUAAGUCUGUCUCUGCUGCAGACUUGGAGAAGUAUGAAAAAUGGAUGGUUGAAUUUGGAUCUGCUUGAAUUUCUGUCAGCUCUUUCAUUUCUGGUAUUUUUACUUAUAAAAUGUGAAGAAAUUCCCUGCAGUUUUUUUUAAAAACACAUUUAAAA